AUGGCAGAUUGGAUGUCAGAGUCACUAACUGCGGUUAAGGAUAAACCGCUGAUGAAGUUGGCCAUUCCAGGAUCUCAUCACAGUGCAUCGUUUAAUUUGAAAGAAGAUAGUGAGAUAACCAUUGAUCAACCGUGGUGUGUUCGAGUACUGACCCCGAAUGAGAUGAUUCGUAAAGCCGUCUACAACUGGUCAAAAGAUCAGUCCCUCUCAAUUAAAGAUCAGCUGGAAGCUGGAAUACGUUACUUGGACGUUACGGUAGCAUUCAUGAACGAUGAAUUUUACGUGAUUCAUGGCUUGAAGUGCAUGGAAGUUAGAGAUUUAUUCAAAGACGUUAACAACUUCGCUACAUCACAUUCAAAAGAAGUGAUCUUGAUUGAUUUGAAUCAUUUUUAUGAUUUCAAAGAAAUACAACACGAAAAAUUAUUGAGUAUGAUUUCAACGAUUUUCGAUGAUAAACUUAUCGAGCAACCAUCAACGCAUCAGCUGGCCGCUUCUCUCUCACUCAAUAAGAUAUGGUCCACUUCUGGGCAGGUGAUUAUUUUCUAUCAGCCUACACUUCCAUCGCCAUCAUCCGACAGUAUUAACGGUCAUGCAAAUCAUUCUGAUGUCAUUAAACUGCCAAAUUAUGUAUGGUCACGUCAGUUCAUCAAAAAUCCAUGGCCUCGCACUGAAGAACCAAGGGCUAUGGUUAACGAUGUUGCUAAUAUCAUCUCCACUCGGAAUCUUGAUGAUGGCUUUCAGGCAUGUCAAGCAAUUGUGACACUGACGGUUAACUCGGUAAUCAGACAACCAACGGGUACAUUCGAAAAUCGAUAUGCGAGACGUGCAACACGUACUUUAGUUGAAUGGCUUAGAGAGAACGGUUACCGUUAUCGUUCCAACGUAAAUAUUAUUGUGGCUGAUUUCGUUGAUGAAGAUGACUUUUGUCGUGCGGUUAUUGAUCUGAAUAUGUGA